UGUGUGCAUCCGGCGCCCCCUAGCGGACGGUCUGUAUAAUCACUACUACACGUCGGUCAGACUUACCUGCCUGUUGUCGUUAAAAAUGGCCUUUAAAAUAUUCUCCGGACUCACUGCCUCGGCUCUCAGAGUAAAGUCCUACCCGGUCGCCUUCAGUUCUUUGAGCUCCAGCUGCAGUUUAGUGGUUGAACAUGACCGACAGAACCUGCGCUUCACCGUCACUCCGGGCAGCGGGGCUGGGUCCCGUGACUGUGCGGUGCUGCACUACAGAUUCACCGGACACAAGGAGGUGGAUCUAAUGUCAACUUACGUCCCAGAGACUCUCAGGGGUCAAGGUGUUGCAGCACAGCUGUCCCAGGCUGCCAUGGACUUUCUGCUUGAAGAAAACCUCAAGGCUCGUGUCUCCUGUUGGUACAUAAAGAAAUACAUUGAGGAGCACCCACUGCAGCUUUAUAAAGAACUCGUCAUCGCUUGACUGCUGCCUGUGUGUCCAGCACAGUCUGUGAUGUUUCCUCCAAUCAACUGCAACCUCAUGUGCCUUCAUGUGCGGGACUGUGGAGGCCAAAUGAAGC